CGAACAUGGAACCCUAAAAUACGCCCCCUUUCCCUAAAGCCACAACCCAGCGCCUCCACUCACAGAGUCAGAGUCACGAUUCAUACCCACCGAUCUCAACUCGUUCUUCUUCCCCACUCCACCUCACCAAUGAUGACGCCCAGAUUAUGAAAAUGACGCCCAAAUUCAACAGAAAAAUGCAUCGCGAUCGCUGAGUCCUGGCUCCUGACCGAUGGGACGGACGCAGAAUUUCUUAGGUUGGAUGGGUGAACAUUUAUAAAAUGAUAAACAGAUGAAAGCUUUGAAGAAGUAUCCUGAGGCCAGCCGGGGUUCAUAAUCUUUCCAAGAGUAAGGCCAGUGGAGCUUAACACGUCUGACAGUAAAAGUCAAAUUAGUUUUACAACAGCAGCACGACUCCUCAUCAAAUGGUUGAAGAGAUGGGAUCACUUCGAUCUGCUGGAUUUGUUGACCCUGGAUGGGAACAUGGAAUUGCUCAAGAUGAGAGGAAGAAGAAAGUAAGAUGCAAUUACUGUGCGAAAAUAGUUAGCGGGGGGAUUUACAGAUUGAAACAACAUUUAGCUCGACUUUCUGGAGAAGUCACAUACUGUGACAAGGCUCCAGAGGAAGUUUUUUUGAAAAUGAGAGAAAAUCUGGAAGGAGGUCGUUUUGGUAAGAAACCAAGGCAAAUUGAUUACGAUGAACAAGCAUAUUUGAAUUUCCAGUCCAAUGAUGACAUAGAAGAGGAGGAAGAACAGACUGGAUAUAGGAGCAAAGGAAAGCAAUUGAUGGGUGCUAAGGGUUUGGUUAUAAAUUUGGCCCCCCUUCGAUCAUUAGGAUAUGUUGACCCUGGGUGGGAGCAUGGUGUUGCUCAGGAUGAAAGGAAGAAAAAGGUGAAAUGCAAUUAUUGCGAGAAAAUAGUUAGUGGUGGUAUCAAUCGAUUUAAGCAACAUCUAGCUAGAAUACCGGGAGAAGUUGCACCCUGUAAGAAUGCUCCAGAGGAAGUGUAUCAAAAGAUAAAAGAGAACAUGAAAUGGCAUCGUACUGGAAGGAGGCAUAGACGGCCUGAUUCCAAGGAGAUAUCUGCUUUUUAUAUGCAUUCAGACAAUGAGGAGGAGGAAGAAGAGCAAGAGGAGGAUGCUCAUAUGACCAAUGAAAGACCAUUACUUGGAGAUAAAAGAUCAGGCAAAGACUUGAGGAGGACAUUUAAAGGUACAUCCUCUGGUAGUGGAUCCGAACAAAUAAUGAAAAGACCAAGACUGGAUACUAUUGUUCUGAAAACACCAAAGAGUCAGAUGGCUGCAUCGUCCAAACAAGUAAAGUUGGGUUCGAGCAAAAAAUCUCGCAAGGAGGUUAUAUCUUCAAUAUGCAAAUUCUUCUAUCAUGCAGGAGUUCCUUCGCAUGCAGCAAACUCCCCAUAUUUCCAUAAGAUGUUGGAGUUGGUUGGGCAAUAUGGACAUGAUUUUGUGGGUCCUUCAUGCAGAAUGAUAUCUGGUCGGUUUUUGCAAGACGAAAUUGUGACCAUAAAAAAUAACCUAGUUGAGUAUAAGGCUUCCUGGGCAGUUACUGGUGGUUCCAUUUUGGCAGAUAGUUGGAAAGAUACGCAGGGUAGGACAUUGAUCAAUUUUUUAGUUUCAUGCCCCCGUGGUAUAUACUUUGUUUCUUCUGUUGAUGCCACUGAAGUAGUUGAAGAUGCCACAAAUUUAUUUGAGUUGCUUGACAAAGUAGUGGAAGAGAUGGGUGAGGAAAACGUCGUGCAGGUAAUCACCGAGAAUACUCACAGUUAUCAGGUUGCCGGAAAGAUGCUUGAAGAGAAGAGAAAGAAUUUGUUUUGGACUCCUUGUGCUGCCUAUUGUAUUGAUCGGGUACUUGAAGAUAUUGUGAAAAUAAAGCUGGUGGGAGAGUGCAUGGAGAAAGGCCAAAAGAUAACAAAGUUGAUUUACAAUCAGAUUGGAUUAUUACAUCUCAUGAAAAAAGAGUUUACAGGGGGGCAGGAACUUCUGAGGCCAUGUGUAACCCAGUGUGCUUCAAGUUUUGCUACUUUGCAAAGUUUGUCAGACCAUAAGAUUGGUCUUAAAAGGAUGUUCCAAUCAAAUAAAUGGCUUUCAUUGCGGGUAUCGAAAUCUGAUGAGGGUAGAGAAGUGGAGAAGAUUGUACAGAAUGCCACAUUUUGGAAGAAGAUGCAAUAUGUUAGGAAGUCAGUAGACCCUAUAAUGGAGGUACUUCAGAAAAUCACUAGUGAUGAAAGCCUUUCAAUGCCAUAUAUCUACAAUGAUAUGUACAGAGCCAAGCUUGCUAUCAAAAGCAAUCACGACGAUGAUGUGCGUAAAUAUGGACACUUCUGGAGUGUAAUUGACAAUCGUUGGAACUCACUGUUCCACCACCCUCUGUAUCUGGCUGCUUACUUCCUGAAUCCAUCCUACCGAUAUCGUCCUGAUUUUGUUGCGCAUCCAGAUGUUGUGCGUGGGCUGAACUCAUGCCUUGUUCGACUGGAGCCAGAUAAUGGAAGAAGGAUUUCUGCAUCCAUGCAGAUUUCCGAAUUUAGUUCUGCAAAAGCUGAUUUUGGGACUGACCUGGCAAUUAGUACCAGAUCAGAACUUAAUCCAGCUGCCUGGUGGCAACAACAUGGGAUAAAUUGCUUGGAGCUGCAAAGAAUCGCUGUACGCAUAUUGAGUCAAACAUGCUCUUCUUUUGGGUGUGAGCAUUCCUGGAGUAUAUAUGAUCUCAUCCAUCGCCAAAGACGAAAUCAUUUAGCGCAGAAAAGACUAAAUGACUUGAGCUACGUCCACUACAACCUGAGACUCAGGGAACGCCAAAUACGGAGAAGGUCCAAUGACUCAGUCUCCCUUGACAGUGUUCUGCAAGAAAAUUUGUUACAUGACUGGAUUGUAGAUGCUGAGAGACCAGCUUUGCCACAAGACGAGGAAAUCCUUUACCAUGAAGUGGAACCAGCUGACGCGUGUGAAACUGAUUUGAUCGAAUACGAAGAUGGAAAUGCAGAGAGUAGGAAGGGAUCACUAGAGAUGCUGACUUUGGGAGAAGCGGAACCCUUGAAUGUCAAUCCCCAUAGUAAUGUUGGUACUGCCACUGAUGAUGAUGACGAUGAUGGUGAUGAUCUCAAUUUUCUUGAUGAUGAUUUGAGCGAUUAGCGGAGUUCUGGCUCUGCUUAUACUGAUGAAAGAGUGGAAUAUUUCCCACCUAUCAGAUCUAGAUUGCGGAGAGUUGAAUUCGACAGGCACAAUUAAAUUGCUAAUUUAGGUUGUGUUGGGCAUUUCUUUCUUUCAUCGGGCAUAAAAUCUAGCGCUUGAAGCAUUUCACUUGUAAAGUUCCAGUCAUCUAUUUUCCGGUCAUCUGUAACUCAGAGUACAUGAUAUCACUAGAUUGUAAAUUUUGGUAUUGGUUCUUAGACAUGAUUUCCCAAAAA